AUGGCAGUCGAGCCUACACCCACUUCAUCCUUCCCUCUUCCUCCUUCAGAGCUCUCGAAAAUCGCGACCGAGGCAUGCGACGGAGCUCUCUCAAAGGCAUCCGGAUAUGACCACACCCAGGUCGCAGCCUGGAAUUCCAGCAUCAUCAACUCCGUCCUCAAAGCUCUCAUCGUAGCCACAACCCCCGAUCAACAAUCAUCCACCACUACUUCUCCCGCAACACCACCUUACCGCUUCACCGUAAACAGCACCAUCGUCCAACAAGGCGUCAUUGACAAAGCCGCUGCUGGCAGUUCUGGCGAAAUCGGCAAGCGCGGUAUGCACUCGGCUUCCGGUGCUUACUGGGAUGUAAAUCGGGAUGGUAUGUGGACAUUCAAAUACCCCGGUGGUGAGGAGAGGGGGUUGGAUGUUGUUGUUAGCGUGACUUGGUUUGCGAUGGGUUAA